UCGCACAUUAUCAGAGCUACAGAAGAAAAACUGCAGAGUUUCAACAUGAAUCUUCUCCUUCUGCUGGUUGCUUUGGGGCUCGCAGGAGCGUCUCCAGUAGUGGACCACAAGGUGUGUCAGCCUCACUCCAGGCCCUGGCAGGUCUAUCUGCAAGGUAAAGGGUGCAGUGGAGCACUCAUUGAUGAAUGGUGGAUAGUAACGUCCUUUGACUGUGCGCCCAAACCCUACGACACCAUAGCAGUUCUUGGGGAUCAUGACCUGACUGUGCAUGAGGGCACCGAGCAGCGCAUUUAUGUUGCUGAUGCAAUCGUUCACAGUCCCUACCGCUCACCCUUCCACAGCCUCACGCUGGUCCGUCUGGCGACACCCGCCAGCUUCAACAAGUACGUCCAGCCCAUCCCUCUGCCCAGCCGCUGCCCACUGACUGGGGAGACUUGCUAUGUCAGUGGCUGGGGAUCCACCAUCCCGAAUCAAUAUGAGCCCCAACAGCAACUGAAGUGUCUAACUGUGCCUGUUGUGGAUGACCAGACUUGCGUGAACACGUUCCCUGAGUACUUGUACUGGAGCCACGGCAUGGUCUGUGCUGGACGAGCAAACACAGAUAACUGCAUGCGGAAUAGAGGCAGCGUGAUGGUGUGCAAUGGCCAGCUGCAGGGUGUGCAGUGGUUUGCUCACGGCUGUAAAAACCCAGCCAACCCCACCGUCUACACCAAGAUGUGCAUAUACAAUAAGUGGAUCAAUGAUGUGAGGGACCGCUACAUACCAGAAACUCUGCCAACCACUCCAGAGAUGAGGACAUGAGGCAGCAGAGAGACAUUCAUUCACAGAUUUGAUGUAAACACUAUAAAACACUAUUAUAAACAUUACUCCUCAUUUUACUGGCAGGGGUCAGUGUUAUGAAUACUAUGUUUAAACUGGAAGGUUGGGGUUUAUUGCAUUUAAUGAUGGUACUCUAGUGAAGAUUAACUGACAUAAAUAUACAAAAGUAUCUAUGAACAUUAUGCAGCAGUCUCAAAUGCAAAUCCUAUGCUCAGCUACAAAAAAUCAAGCCAAAAAAUCUGUAUGCAAACUCAAAACUGUACAUAUAAACAACAACAAAAAAUAAAAUGUCAUGUGUUCGGAA